CUCUGUGCUACAUGUCAGUCGACGGGACAGGCUUGGACGAAAAACCAGCGGACGUGCAGCUUGUAAAUUUGGCAGAUCCAGGCAGUCCAGAGAAAUGUCUUUCAUAUUUGACUGGAUCUACAAGAGCUUCAGCAGUGUCUUGCAACUAUUAGGGUUGUACAAGAAGAGCGGCAAGCUAGUGUUCCUUGGACUUGACAAUGCUGGAAAAACAACACUCCUGCACAUGCUCAGGGACGACAGGCUGGGACAGCACGUGCCCACACUGCAUCCAACAUCUGAGGAGCUGACCAUAGCUGGGAUGACCUUCACAACGUUUGACCUCGGUGGUCAUACACAAGCACGAAGGAUCUGGAAGAACUACCUCCCAGCCAUAAACGGUAUAGUCUACAUGGUGGACUGUGCUGAUCAUGAGCGACUAACAGAGGCCAAAGUUGAACUGGAUGCCCUGUUGACAGAUGAAACCAUCUCAAACGUCCCGGUCCUCAUCCUGGGGAAUAAGAUCGACCGUCCAGAGGCCAUCAGUGAGGACGGACUCAGAGGAAUGUUCGGUCUUCAUGGACAAACAACUGGAAAGGGCAAAGUGUCACUGAAGGAGGGGAAUUUGAGGCCAAUGGAAGUUUUCAUGUGUAGUGUGCUGAAGAGACAAGGAUAUGGAGACGGUUUCCGCUGGCUCUCCCAGUAUAUUGACUGAUGCGCGUUCUUUAAAUAACCUUGUUUACCAUGCUACCUGCGCACACAGACAUGUUUUACACAACACUACCUGCCGUAGAGCGAUAUUUUGAUAAAUAUACUUUAUUUAGGACUUUGUUUGUGCCUGUAGGAAAUGUGUUUCAAGUAGUGUUUUGUGUUAAUAUACCAUGUAUUCUUUAUGAGUUUGAAGAAAUCUGUAUGUCAUAUCAAUCAAUACCACAGCUAGUCAAAGAUUAAGUUGACUGAAUAAUCAGUCUGUGUUGUUCAGAUUGAGUGUGGAGAGUGAUCUUCAUGGUGUGGUACUCUUAAGAAUUUGUCUGCCAUAUAGAACAUGUCAUCGCUGUGAACCAGUUUCUGACCCUGGUUUAUUUUUAGCGACUAGUGUAGACUUACAGUGAAGGUCAAUUUGGUUAACAUUUUGUACUGGGAGUUACUCUUCCUUGGUUGACAAUUCAUAUUAUUAUUAUAUCUUUAUAUUUAGCUGAUUUUUUUCAAAAAUAAUGGGAAGUACUCUAGGUUUUGUCCAAGAAUGUAAUAUUUCUUCUGGAAAGUGCUGCAGAGAUUUGGUGCCAUAUUUCCUAAUAAGGAACGUGUUAAUAGUGAAGCUUGCUACCUCCAAGGACACAGACAGUUCUAAUGAUAGUAGGUUUUUUCAACCAUUACGGGGUUUACCACUACAGGCCAUAUAUGUGACCAUAAGUGCAUUAACUGACAUUUUGCUGUGAGGAGCUUUAUCUUCAAUGGUUCAGAAUAUUGUUAAAUAAUUGCAGUAUUAAUUAACUGCAUCAGCACAGACAGGUGAUGUAACAAACUCAUACUUGGAUGACAAACUACCUGUCUCAUGAAGAGUUAGUUGCUUUGUAACAACUUGAGUACUUUGUGAUUAGUAGCUGUUCACAACAUGCAGUGAUACUAUGAGAGUACUUGGGCUGUGAUUAAAAAUAGAGCAUGAAAGGACUUAGUGCAAUACUAUACAUUAUUUUGUAUAUAAGCUCUUAUUUAUAUUUUGCAAUACAAACAUUGGCUUUCCUUAUGUUACAUUAAGCACUGAAGCAAUGUAUCUGGUACAAAAGAUAGGUCUUAUUGUUAUUCAAUGUGUGAAGUUUGAGUAUAAUAAAUAUUUCUGACAAUC